AUGAAUACCAUGUUUGAGAUGAGUUAUCUGGGACUCUUGACUCAUUACUUGGGAAUUGAAGUGAACCAAAAAGAAGAUGGGAUUACUAUGAAACAGGAGUCAUAUGCCAAAAACUUGCUUAUCAAAACAGGUAUGCAAGAUUGUAAUCCCACAAAGACUCCUAUGGAACACAAGCUCAAACUCCGGAAAGAAUAUGAAAGUGAACUGGUGAAUCCCAUAGAAUAUCGAAGCAUAGUUGGUGGAUUGAGAUACCUAACUCAUACCAAACCAGGCAUAUCCUUUGUUGUUGGAAUUGUGAGCCGAUUUAUGGAGAAGCCAAUUGUGAAUCACCUUUAA